AUGCCGACUUAUCCAAUUGAUGGAGGUGCAGAAAUUGCAGUGAAUCCAAGUGGAGGCUUUGGAAAAGCGCCGCUGAGUCUCAACUUCCAAUGCCGACACGUUCGGAGAAUGCUUUCAAUCAACAGCGGCGGUGUCUUGGAGCGUGGCUUUGCAGGGCGUUUGCACUGGGCCGUGUUGAAUGCGGAUGGUGCUUGGCAAGCGCCUGCUGUGCAACCAGAUGGCUCUCAGGACUGCGAUGGAACCGCCUCAAGUGCCCAUUUGAACGGCGAUGGCAAUGUCACAAUGACCUUCCGGAGCGGCCAGGUGCCUGAGAAGAUCACCUUUGUGCUGGUCAUUGAGGUGGGUGGCCAGACACACUGGCUGAAAGGCCCCGGUGGUGAAAACUUUGUGGUUGACGUGGCUGCCUUGGCGGCUGAAGUGGGCGGUGGCGGUCUUGGAGGUGAAGCAAGGGUUGCACCUCGCGAGCCCACGUGGCCGGAGCUUGAGAAAGCGAAAGCAGCAGCGCUUCUGUCGCAAAAAGUUGCCUCAGCUGCUAAGUCUGACACCUCCGCACCUGUGGUUCGUCGCAGGCGAGCAAAGGCACCUGCGAUGGUCAACAGUAGUGACCUCUUUGUCAAGGCUGGUGAGAUGCAGGUCGAGCAGGGCCUCGGCUCCAUCAAAUGGACAGCAACGGUUGGAGCAGAUGAGGUCAACGUCUUCCUUGAGGCCUUGCUGGAGCUCUCAGAGGAUGCAGAGGUCUCGUUGCAUUGGGGCGCCGCGCCGAGUGCCGGCAGCGAGUGGCAACCCAUCGAUACGCUGCCUUCAAACUGCAAAGCCUUCGAUGAUGUGGCCGCCCGUGUAGUGGUGCCUGGACAGGCACGCCUUGUGCUGUCCUUCAAGCGUGCCCAAGCACCAAAGGCACCACGAUGGCUCUCGUUCGUGUUGUAUAUCAAGUUCGGCUCCGGGGAGCUGUGGCUGAAGCGCGACGGCGGUGACAACUUCUGGGUGCCAGUGCCACGGCAUUGUCAGGCUGAAACCCGCUACCAGCAUUUCACGCAAUUCCAGGCGGCAGAGGUGGACUUUGAGGCAGCUGCAUGGAUUGCUACAGUCCUAUGCUUGGCUGAUGCUAAAGCUCUGGAGUGGUAUCGAAAGUCGGGAUAUCAGCCCAAGGACAUGGCGCAUGCGCAGGAGCGCAUUGGUGGUGUCAUGAGUGCAGCUGUGUCCAAUGCUCAGGAUCCACGCAUCAGGACUUUGUUAAGACUUGCGGUCAAAGCAGUACCUCGAGGCAGCUCUGGUGGAGGAGACGCUAUUCGACAUGGUAUCUUGAACAUCAUGCGAACCCAUGGCAUCAAAGAGGGUCACCGUCCAGGCAUUGAAUGCAAAUUUAUCGAGCAGUGGCAUCAAAAGCUGCACACAAAUAGUGCUCCCGAUGACAUUGCGAUUUGUGAAGGCUAUUUGGCAUAUUUAUCCUCCGGUAACGUCGACGAGAUGUACCGCGUGAUGUGGGAAUGUGGCAAGCUCACGCGGGAAGAUUUGGGGAAAAUGUGUCAGAUGGGCUUCAAGGAUCAUACGAAGAGUGGCGGCCGCGGGCUGAACUUCACCCCUGUACAUUUGCCCCACAUGUACAACGAUGUCAAGAGCUUUUUAGGAUUGCUGAAACAUGUUCACGGCGGAAGCGACCUUUUCUCCUUGUGUGAAGCUUGCAAAGGCCAGUAUCCAGAUCACGAAUCCGAAUGCUUGGCCUUUGAUAUCUUCCACAGCCGUGAUGACCCUUUCAGCAUGGGGAAGAUCUUAGAUUUGAGGAGGCGCUUGGAGCCUUUGUGUUGGAAACGUGAUAUUCUCAUGUUGGACGUGGCAAUGGAAGAGCAGCUUCGGAGCUUGGCAGAGCGCAGCAACGUUGCCGAGAUUCCACGUGAUGGCCUGCUGACUUUCAUCUUCCAAAUUCUGGAGGAUUUGAUGAUGUCGCGACAUGACCCCUCUCUCCAGCAGGGCUAUGCUCUCCUGCAGAAGCUCAUGCAGCAAAGCAACAAAUGGACACCUGAGUGGUGCAAGAUGCUCCAUGCAGCCUUCGAUCGUAUAGCUCUCACGUGCACAGCAACAGCUGAUGUCAUUUCCACAGCGUUGCAAAACUGCGCGGAUGAGUUGCUGGAGGCUGGCUCAAAGCCUGGCGCUGUUUUUUGCCCAGACAGCAAGCAUUUGGGCACCUUCGGAGAGGAGAAGGCACGCUGCUUGACAGAGCGGGUGUUGGCGCAGACUCUGAAGGUCUUCAUGCCACAAGUGCGUAGGUGGUCGGGGCUUGGUCCCUGGGAGGUGGUCGCUGCCGGCGGUCUGGGCGGCGCUGUUGGCAUCCUGCAGAGCUGCCAUGAAUUGCCCACCGAGGCGCCCAGUGAGGCACAGCUGCUCGUGCUUGAGACCAUGACCGGCUGGGAGGAGACGACACUCGACGACAUCCCGGCCAACAUCAACGCAAUUCUGCUGCCCGCAGGUCAAGCAGUUGACACCCUGUCCCAUGUGGCAAUUCGGGCCCGAAACCAGGAGGUUCUCCUGGCAAGUUGCGAUGAAGAGCAACAACUCCAAGAGCUGCGCAAGCUUCAGGGACAAAACCUUCGGCUGCAGGUCUCUGCCACUGGCGAAGUGACAUGGACGGCUACGAGCGAGAAGUCUAAGCUGAAGGAUAGACGGAAAGCAAUUGCUGCAAGCGGCUUGCUGCAAGUCUUUGUGACGCAAAGCAAACCAUGCAGCCACUCUGAGGAAACCAUGCAGCCUCCGCCGCCGCCGCCAAGUGCUGUUUUGAAGGCCAGCGACUUCACCAAGAACCCGAAGUCCAUCGGAGGGAAAAGCCUACACCUUGCAGAGUUGAUGGCUGACGGCACGUACCGCGUCCCUACGAGUGCAACUAUUCCUUAUGGAAUCUUUGAGCAGGCUCUCAAGGACAAGGAAGUUCUGGCUGAAGGGGACAUGGCAGAAGCACGGAAGUUCUUGGAGGAAGAAUUAGCAGUGCCAAGCUCUGUCCGCCCGGCGCUGGACGCCGCGCUUGGGGAAGCAUCCAAAGCGUUAGAUGCUGGCGACUGGCAACGGGCACUGAAGCGGGUUUGGGCGUCAAAGUGGACAGAUCGAGCCGUGGCCAGCAGAAAGCAGAUGAAAGUUCCGGACAAGGCUUUGUAUUUGGCUGUGCUCGUCCAGCCGGUGGUCCACGCUCGGUAUGCCUUUGUCAUCCACACCCGGUCACCUUUGCCGGGUGCCUCUCCGAGCUCUGCUCUGGUCGAGCUCUGUGUAGGGCUGGGCGAGUCGCUUGUGUCAAACGCACCUGGUCGUGCUCUUUCAGCAAGCGUGGAAGGCCGUGUGGGCUGGGUGGAAUGUGGGCCGUGCAUUUUUGCGGUCGAAGUGGAUGUGAAAGAAUGUCCGUAUGAUUUGGAUUCGAACUUUCGCCCUGUAGUUUUGAUAGGUCAGGCAAUCAAUGUCCAUGUGUACCCCUCCAAGCCUGAGGGUGUCUUUGUGCCGCCAGGUGCCAAUGCCGCUUAA